UUUUCAAAGCAAAUUUAUAAUUUUGUUCUCAUUUAAUUGUCUUCCUUUAAUUUGUUCUAAAACUUAAAUUCUGUCCAGAAUUUCUCCUGUUCCAACUGGUAAACAAGAGGAAUUGUGUAUUCGUUACACUGAUGUUGAAUCGGCGAUUCAAGAGGCCAAAUUCCGACGUAAUUACAUUCGGCCGAAUGGUCUUAAUUCCCUUGAACCACUUCCACCGAUAAUCUCACCCACUGCUGAACUCGCAUUAGAAGUGACCAAAGUCUUGGCUACUCAGUUUGUUUGCUGUUCAAUCAAUCGGAAUAUUUUUUUUCUUUUUCCAAACUGUGAUAACCAUGAAACUACACGGAGAAGCUAUUGACAUGAAGAUUGUUACUCAGGUAACAAGGAUUGUUAGCUUGUUCGCUAAGCAAUCUAAGACUCUGAUUCUCAAAUUCACAAAGGAUCAUGUAUAUAUUCUUGCUGAGCCUGAAGUAACUGAUAGAUCGAUGAAACUAUGGACCGAAGUACCUCAAUCAACUCUUUUCUCACAUUACGAGAUUGUUGGUGUUCCCCCGGACAAUACAAUCUAUCUGAAAACCAAAGCUGAAAACUUGAUGAAUUCACUGAAAACCGCAACCAACUGUCGAUCUUUAAAAAUAAAACUGCGACAGCGAACGACGCCAUGUUUAUCUCUAGAAUUUGAACAAUCCAGUCAACUGACUACUAAGAAUAGGAUCAUUUAUAAUUACAUUGAUGUGGAAGUUGUCUACAAAAGAUUUUGGGCCCGUUAUGACGAACCGAAUUUACCACCUCCCGAUAUAACCGUUAUCUUACCUGCAACAAUUCAACUCAACAGUUUUACAGCGAAAUGUCGCAACUUUGUUUCCAAUCUUUAUAUUUCUGCCACCGGAUCUCGUGAAUUGGUGUUCCGAGUAAAAGGGGAAUCACUCGAAAUCACAAGAAAAUUUCUCAAUAUCUCCACGGACGAAGAUGGUUUAGAUUUAACUCUCAGCGCCUCUGUUACUGUUGAUAUAAAAAGAGUUGCUAAUUUUUUCAAAACUCUGCACUUGGCCGCAGGCACUCAAGUUUGUCUCAACUUGACUGACGAACGUAUCGCUCAUUUUUCCUUCUUUCAAGAUGGCAUAACCGUCCAAUUUGUUGUACCUCAUAUUAUUUGAAAUCUCCGAUAAAUUGUUUUCAAAAUCAUAAUCCAUCAGCUAUAACAUUUACGGAAAACAAUUAGUCAGUCCAUAUAAAUCAACAUCUAUCCAUUUAAAUCAUGAUGAUGAUGAUAAAAUCAAUUUCCUAAUUGUGGUAAAUGAAGAUGAUUUACAAUCAGUCUAAAUGAUAUGACUAUUUUCAAUAAAUCUCAUCGAUCAAUUCCAGUUUAAUGGAAAAACUUAUGAAACUAAGCUUCACAAUUAGUUGAUUAAUCAUUGUUUCUACCAACUAAUUUCACACUAAUUAUUACUUUCAUCUCUUAACUGUGAAACAUUCAAUUAAUACCCAGAAAAACUGUUAAAUUGUUGCUCUUGAAUCAAUUGGUAUGAUUAUUUUCCAUGUCAAAUUCAUCAAUUACAUUAAGUCAUCAUGAAUCUGGUGUAAGUGGACAAUCAAUAAUUAACCUUGACCAGAGUCCAUUAACAAAAGUAAAUUGUCACUUUGUAUAUUAUCAUUUGUGUUAACAACAAUAUCCUUUUCCUCAUUUUUCAUUUCCUUUUCAUUUAUCGAUCAUCAAUAAUAUAAACUGACCAUUGGUCGAUCAUAUUUACUAUUCUA